AGACAGCCUCAAGCAUUCGCCACCGAUACCAUUGCGAUUUGGGAAGUACAUAGUUAGCGCCAUGUUGCUAGCGAGCUCAGCAAAGGCGUCAUCGCGUCCAGAAGAGCCUAGUCUACGCCACCUCCCGCCAGUGAUUAGCAAAGCACAUCCUUUUCAACGAGCUAAACCGAACGAGCUGGUCGUAGUAAUUCCAUAUCUUGGAUGCGAUACAGAGUACAGAUGCGGAUGAGCUACUGCAUAUGGAGGAUCCGUUAGCAGGGGAUUCCCCUCUUGUCAUUCAAGGGGUUUGACCUUUAACACUGGAGAUUUAAUAACUGGGCCCUGCUACCGGAACCACAUUUCCGCCUCUCUUCUACAUGCGUAGUCCCCGACGACUCGUAGGCCCUAGACUUGAUUCACUAAGCAACGGAGGACUGGCAAAGUCCGGCGUCUUUUGAUCCGAGACGCCUGCGGGUUUGACGGCUAUCGAAAGACUGUUGACUACACAUCGCCGCUGUCUUGAUCCCACCGGCUUUCGAAAAUCUCUCAACACAUAUACACACAUACGCACAAACGUCGCGGCUAAACCCGUUCAUUCCAGAAGCAACGUUGAAAUCAACUCCUCGUGAUCGAACGAUGGCAACGACCGUCCUGUCCGGCGCCGCCUUCGGUGCCGCCCUUGUGGCAGCGGGCGUGUACCAGCCCUCCGUCAUCAUCGCCCAGCUCAAGUUCGAGAACUGGCACAUGGUCCAGGCCUUUCUCGCGGCAGCCGCCAGCAGCACCCUCAUCGUCCUCACCCUGGACAACCUGGGCUACGUGCGUCCCAAGCCCCGUAGCCCCUCCCGACUGGGCCUCGUCUCCCAGUAUGAUGGCAACAUCCUUGGCGGCGCCCUCCUCGGUGCCGGAAUGGCCAUCUCGGGUUCCUGCCCGGGUACCGUCCUCGCCCAGAUUGCCGUAGGCACCAAGUCCGGCGUCUAUGUCCUGGCCGGCGCCGCCGCAGCCGGCAUCGCCUGGACCGGCUCCCUGCAGAAGCUCAUUACCAGCAACACCGCCGCCGCGGGGCCCGAGAACCCGAGGCUCACUGUCUACGAGCGUCUUGGUGUCAGCAGGGCCGUUGCGUUCGUCGGGUUCGAGGCCCUUUUCGCUGGUAUCGUCUACGCGACUAUGAAGUAUACCCCCGCCAGCCCCUAUGCUGUCGUCGCGCCUACGGUCGGCGGGCUCGUGAUCGGUCUCGCGCAGCUCUUCUCCCUGCUCACACGCAAGUCAAUGCUUGGCGUGUCGACAUCUUACGACGAGAUCGGGCGGUAUUUCUGGUGGGCGGCCCGUGGCGGAGGGGAGAAGGGAAAGCCCGCUUCGUACGGCAACAUCCUCUUCUCGGCGAGCCUGGCCGCCGGGGCGUGGGCGCUCGCCAAGGCAUACCCCGACUUCGCGCUGGGUGCUGCUGACACGGCUGUGUCGCCUUCACUGGCUGCUGCGGGUGGGUUUCUCAUUGGGUUGGGCUCCAGGAUCGCGGGAGGCUGCACGUCCGGACACGGGCUCAGCGGUGUCUCUGUGUUCUCGACGGCCAGCUUCGUUACCGUCAUCUCCAUGUUUGGUGCUGGAGCUCUGGUUGCCCCAUGUUUUUACUAGUGGUAGGGGGUGGAUUUGUUUGAUACUGCAUAGCUCUGGCGCAGUUUGAAGACCUCAUCGUUCUCUAUUCCAAGCAUGGCUUGAUAAUUUGGAUCCCUCCUAGACUAGUGGAUGUUCAGUCACGGGCCGGUGGUUCGGUAGCUCCCGCGCUACCGAACCUGGAAUUUUGAUAAGGAAGGCUGCACGAAUCCCGUUCGUCUGAAAGUGCCCCGUUGGAAAAGGCAAUAGCUACGGCUGCAUCCCGGAGCUCGUCGGUUUCUUUGGAAACUUGAAUGGUCGCCGAUGAACUCCUUUUCCCCAUCAAAUCAAGCUCUAUUCAAAACUCGGGGACUAAAGCUGCGGUGAAUGGUCCAAGGACAACCAUUUCGUCCAGAGUAGUUAGUUGAAAACUUGGAGGUCACUUGCCAUAUGGUAUAGGACGAGGGUGUAGGGGAGGCGAUCACCCUGACGAGGUAACUAGACAUUUAUCUGUUUCUUUACUUGUUCUACGAUUCGAAACCAGGACAGCAAACCCCUGCAUUACAGGCGACUUGCU